CCUUCAGUAAUGAGAAGCUGCGACACCAGGAUGUCAGCUGUUCACAUUACGGAGGGGCUUUUGAACGUGGAGUCCAUCGAAGCGCCGCUCUUUUACCGAAAAAGUGAACCCGCCUCGGGGGACGUUCGGCGGUCAGUCCUGCUCCUUCACGGCAUCCGUUUCUCCUCAAAGGAGUGGCUCACCAUUGGCACCCUGGAGACACUGGCCAAAGCGGGGUGCCGCACAGUAGCCGUCGACCUCCCAGGUCUGGGUGGCUCGUCCUCGGCGCAGGCCCCGGCAGCGGUGGGAGAACUGGCCCCAGCAGGGUUCCUCAAGGAGGUGUGUGAGGUGCUGGGUCUCAGCCCAGUGGUGGUGGUCAGCCCCUCGCUCAGCGGCAUGUACUCCCUUCCCUUCCUCCUCCAGCACCAGGCACUGAUACAGGCCUACAUCCCCGUCGCGCCGAUAUGCACUGAGAAGUUCACUGCAGAGCAGUACCAAAGCGUGAAGACUCCCACUCUGAUCGUGUACGGUGACCAGGACACACAGCUGGGCGAGGUGUCCCUCAGCAACUUGAGCGGUCUGGCUAAUCAUAAGGUGGUGGUGAUGGAGGGGGCAGGACACGCCUGCUACCUGAACGACCCCGCCGCUUGGCACAAAGCCCUGACCGGCUUCCUCGACACGCUGUGAAGCAGUUCGCUUCAUCUGUACAAAAGAAUGGAGCGACAUUGACCAAUGCCCAAAAAGAAGGAGCUUUAAUCUUCCACGCACACAAACAUUCAUACUCACACACACACAAGAAAUGACCAAAAAUAAUGAUAACAAUAAAAAAAAACAAACAUUUGACUUCAGAUUUCAGACUUAUCAGCAGUGCUGUACUCCUUUUUUUUCUCUCCGUUUUUUUUAUUUUUUAACUUCACUUGAAAUUAGACUGAUCUUAUUUUUUUGUGGUUGCUUUUUUUUCUCCACACAUUUGUCAAACAUGGUCACAUAGCACCAGACUACAGACUACAGAAUCACAUACACACGUGUCUUCCCCACAGAGACGCUUCCCCACAGAGACGGCCCGGGUCAGGGAGUCGGGAGGAAAUGGGGGGGGGGGGACACACCCCCUCCGGCUUUUUUUCUUUUUUAGGGCUGGUCCUAAAAAGCAGACCCCCCCCUCCCUCUCAUCCAAAGCCAUCCCAUUUUUCUUUUUUCCCCCUUUUUUUUUUUUGGCAAAAGUAAAAUUCUCAAACCACAAGAAAAAAAAACAAAAACAGACGUGUGCCCCCUCAGAUCACUUUGGUGCUUCCUGUUGGGACACACACAUGGACGCCACUGUGAUUCCUCUCCGGCCUUCUGUUUGACACGGUCCCGUGCUGCUCUGUGGAGACCCACUCCCUGAGCUUGCCUCUGACACCCUUCGGGGUUCAUCACACUCGAAAUAAAUGCCCGGCAAGUCCUUGGCUUUCUUCUGGCUAGUACUAACCCCCCCACCCCCUUAUAUGUGCGUUGUGCAUCAAGUGUUGGUGCAGGCAUCCAUAUGUGUGCAUGGGCCUAUAAACAUGCGUGUGUGUGAUACUGUAUAUGUAAAUGUGCAGAGCCAGGAUAAGAGAGGAAGUCACAGGGGGUACAUUUCCACAGGCAACUUUAGCAUUCCUUAACAGACAGUGGGAAUAGGGAUGGACAGAGAGACUGAAUGGCACAGGACAGAGACAAGCCCAUGCCAGGAUAGAGCACAGCAGGGCUGCAUCGGGCAUUAAAUGACUGCCCCACGAGAAAUACUGCAAGACGUCAAUCGCAACCGCUGAUCCUCAAUGUCAGCUCGGUUAACCGUCUCUUAUAAAUGAACUUUUUUUAUUUUUUUCAAGCCACAUUUUUUGUGUGUGCGUGUGCUGCAGCUACUAUGCCAGCAUGUUUGUCUUGCCAGAAUGUGUACUUAAAACGUAAGACUGUAGUGGGACAC